AAAUGCGGAAGCAUCCACCGGGAAGCGUAAAUCAGCAGUUCCCUUCGAGUCACGGACUGGGGACUGUCUCUUUGUAAUGAGUGUUUUAUCGCCGGGCAAAGCAUGUUCUUAUCUCAUUUAGGUCGUUUAAAGAAACUAAAAUUAGGACAGUAAACGUCCCACACCUUAAAUGCGGAACAUUUUCUGCCAGGUGCUAUUUUCUGCUGUGGGACAGGUGGAGAAGACAAAGACAGGUCAACGAUGCUCCAGCUAGGAGAUGAAGCCACCCUGUACUCCCUUAUCUUCGUGGGGAUCCUGCUGGGGACCCGAAGCCCGGUGUGGACAGUGAUCCUCACCGCCUCCCUCUACCUCUUUCUAGCCAUGUUCCGCUUCCCACAGGUACCGUCCAGCCGAACCCAGAAGGUGCUCCACCCAGUCAAGGGCACGGCGGGCACCGGCAAGGUGUCGGUGAUCGCUCACCGGGGCGGCGGGCACGAUGCACCGGAGAACACGAUAGCAUCUAUCCGAGAGGCCAGUAAGAAUGGGGCGACUGGUGUGGAAUUGGACCUGGAGUUCUCCGCAGAUGGCGUCCCAAUACUGAUGCAUGAUGAGACCGUGGACCGGACCACCAGUGGGUCAGGAUUCCUCAGCAAGAUGAAAAUGUCAGAGCUGGCUAAACUCGAUGCAGCUGCUAAACAUCGACUCAGGGACAAGUUUGCAGGAGAGAAGAUCCCCACCCUGGAGGAGGCAGUGGAGGAAUGCAUCAAACUGCAGCUAACCAUCUACUUUGAUGUCAAAGGUCAUCCAGAUGAGGCAGCCGCAGCUCUAAAAGAAUUGUAUAAGAAAUAUCCGGUACUCUACAACAGCAGCAUCGUCUGCUCCUUCGAGCCCAAAGUCAUCUACAGGAUGAGACAGAGUGACCCAGAUGUGGUCACGGCACUGACCCACCGGCCUUGGAGCCUGAGCCGCUUCGGGGACGGUGCCCCACGUUUUUCAUCGCUGUGGAAACAUCACUGGAUGACUCUCAUGGACAUCUUGUUGGACUGGGCACACCAUCAUGUUUUGUGGAAGCUCUGUGGCGUUUCAGCGUUCCUGAUACAGAAGAACUUUGUCUCACAGGACUAUGUGCAGUACUGGGCCCAGAGGGGUGUCGAGGUUGUAGCCUGGACCGUCAACACACAAGUAGAGAAGGAGUAUUACCAGGAGGUGCUAAAAGUCAACUACAUCACAGACAGCAUGGUGGAAGACUGUGACCCUCAUUACUGAUGUACACAUAAAUCCACUCCACAAAAUGUUGGCAUUUAUUAAAGAUAAGUCAUUUAAAAAAAACCUGUCACCCAUAUGUAGGCUCAAGCAAGAGAUCAUAUACUCCUUUUAUUAAGAACACUUUCGCUGCUGUUUUUCUAUGGGUGUAUGUUUCCUGAAGAAUUUUAACUGGGCGCCAUAACAAAAUACAAAGUAACAGAUUUUAUUACGACUAAAUCACUUUAAUAAUGAAUAAUGAUGAACUCGCCUGUUAUAUUUACAAACUUGUUAAUGCAAGGUGCUGGUAAUAUGUGUCUAUAAUAGACCUGCAGCAAUAUGAUGUAUUCAUCCACUCAGGACUACAUUGGGGUUUUUGUUUUUUGUUUUUUUGUUUUUUUUGUAUGUUUGUCUUGUUAGUUAUGUUUAUACAGUCUUUCAGAUAAUGCAGAGCACUGUGCGCUUUUUACUCAUUAAAAUCUGAAGAAAUCUACCUUGAGAUGAUUUUUUUUGGUCAUUUAUGACAUGUGAAUACUAUUUAUUAAAGAAACAUACAUAAAUGCUUUAUAGAGCAGCAUAGACAAACUAAUAAUAAGUAGGCUUGGUGAUUACUUAUGUUGUUAAUGUAUGGAGAAAACAAACUUUUGGGUUUUUUACUUUGCAGUACACUUAAAAUUUUGCUCCUCGUUGUAAUGGUUUUUUUUUUUGUUUGUUUGUUUUUUUAAACAUUUAUUUAAUACUGCAGUGACAAGUACUCAUUCUGGUUAUGAUCUCAUUGUUCCUGCUUAAGGUGACAGAAGUGCUUUUUUCCCCAGUACUGUAUAUGAAACCACAAGGACAUUUAUGAGGGAUCAAUUGUGGCACAGAUACACGAAUGGAGUUAAUGCAUGGCUUUGUGUAAGGCUCAAGUGUUACCAAUAACACAGUGCCUGUUUUUAAAGAGUAAACCAUUUUUUAGCAGUAUGACAGUUUUGUAACUGCUUUACUUGAAUGGGUAAAAACUAAAGUUAGAUGAUGCUUGAUGUUGCCGUUUGUCUGGAAAAUCAACCUCAUGCUUUUGCAUUUCAUAUAUGCUGAAUGUAAAGUAAGCUGGCUUUACUUUUUUUCAUCCUUAAACUUGAGUGUAGAAUUUCAAAACGUAAAUUACACAAUUUGGUGUUGCCGUAAGGCUUUAAAUGACUUUAAUAAGCCUGACCGAUUCUAGAUUUUUGGGGCUAAUGACUUCGAGCUUUUGGUGGUAAUCACAUUCUAGUAUCUGAUGAUAUCAUUAUAUCUAUACACUGUAGAUAUUACUGUACACCAGAGGUGGACAAUUAAUUUUCCUAAGUGGACACAUUAGAAACUGGAACGGUUGUGAGGGUAAAAUAAAUAUCAAUUUUUUACUCAAUCAUAAAAUCUAUUUUUACUAAUCAAAUAGAUCCAAAUAACAGGAAAAUGCAUUAACAGCUUAAAGUAAAGUGACACGGACUCAUUGCCUUAAAUAAAUGUAUACUAAUUUUACUUGUUUGCAUAUUUAUUCCCAUUUUGAGGCAGAAGAACCCCCUGUAAUCAGACUAUUUCUAAUUUACCCCAGUUUUAUUAACAUUGGCCAGCCUAUGCAUCGGUCAGGCUCUUGUGAAUAACUACUUGAUUUUUUUUUAUUUUUUUUUAAAUAGUUGUGGGAAUGUAGAGCUGCUUGGCCAAGUGAAAAUGUUGGUCUGUCAUGUUCUGUGUCAUUAUGUGACAGCUGUGGACACUAAAAUGGAUCAAUAAAGGUGAACGGUUUGA